AUGGCGGCUCCUCGCACUUUCUUCAUCUCUCUCUCCGGCUUCUUUCUGCUCUUAUAUGUUCCUGGUGGAUCUACGACCUCAGGAACCAGGAACCCGAACCAGGAGAAAUGUGGCUUCAAGGUGCAGUCGGGUGCAGAUGGAGGUCGCAGGUUGGCCGUCACCUUCAGAGCUGAGAACUGUUCAAUUAACUACCCACUGGGGAAACAUGUCAUCCACGAGGUCGCCAACGUCUCCUUCAGCCACCUGUCCUGUGACGACCAGGCCGCUGUGGUGGUCCACUGGUCUCCAAGUCCAUUAGGGAUCGAACACAUUAAAGGCUUCAGAGUUUAUCUGGAGGACAAGAAUCCAGAAGGGAAACAGUGUCAACAUCUCAUCCUCAAAGAUCCACGACAACUCAACUUCUCUCACAAGAGCACGAAGCUGAGCAGUCAGCCGUUCGGCGGUUUGACUUUCGACACCGACUACAUGGUUCGUGUUGUUCCUUUCCCGACUCUGAUGAACGAGAGUUUCUUCCCUCCAUCAUUCCUCAGGACCAACUCGUGUGAAGUCCUCCUGGGAUCAGACAACUUAGUCUGCAAACCAUUCUGGAAGCCGAAGACCCUGAACGUGUCUCAGCUGGGCUCCAACCUGCACGUGGCCUUCGACCAGGCUCCGGCCUCCUUCGGCUUCCACUUCUACAACCUGUACUACAAGCUGAGGCACGACGGGCCUUUCAGGCUGCAGCGCUGCAAACCAGACGUGAACCAGCUCAGAACUACAUGUAUUCUCCAGAACGUCACUCCAGGAACCUACACUGUAGAGCUGAGAGACGACGGGAACACGACCAGGAGACAGACGCAGUACUACGUCAGCCAGGCCCACUCCGCCUGGGCGGGGCCUAUCCGUGCCAUGGCCAUCACGGUGCCUCUGGUCUUGAUGUCGGCCUUCGCCACCCUCUUCACUGUCAUGUGUCGCAAGAAACAGCAGGAAAACAUCUACAGCCAGCUGGACGAGGAGAGCAGCGAGUCGUCCAAUCAGAGCGCGGCGUUGAACCCGGAGCGGCCGUGGCCUCGACCCAAAGUCUUCAUCUGCUACUCCAACAGAGACUGUCCCAAGCACACCAGCGUCAUCCAGAGCUUCGCCUACUUCCUGCAGGACUUCUGCAACUGUGAGGUUGUGCUGGACCUGUGGGAACAUCUGGAGAUGUGUAAAGAGGGUCAGAUGUCGUGGCUCAGCCGCCAGCUGAACGACGCCAACUACAUCAUCACCGUCUGCUCCAAAGGCCUCCGAUACUAUGUAGAGAAGAAGAGUCGCAGAGGGAAGACGCCGGUGAGUCGCCGCACCAACAUUAGCAGCAGCGCCCCGAUCUGUGGAUCUGGCAGUGACCUGUUCACGGUGGGCGUGGCCAUGGUCGCCGAAAAGCUGCGCAUGGCGAAGCAGAGUGAAGGCGGGGGGGCUCAGGAGCUGAACCGCUACAUGGCGGUGUACUUCGACUACUCCACAGAAAACGACAUCCCCACCAUGUUGAGUCUGGCUCCCAGGUUCAAGCUGAUGGACCAGCUGCCUCAGCUCUUCAGUCGCCUCCACUCCAGUCAGUCCAGCCUGACCGACCGGGAGCAGCAGCCGGUCAACGUCUCCAGGAGGAACUACUUCAGGAGCAAGUCUGGACGCUCGCUCUACGUCUCCAUCUGCAACAUGCACCAGCACAUCAGCCAGAACCCCGACUGGUUCGAGAAGCAGCUGGCUCCUGCCGCGGCCUCCUCUGCCUCCUCUGGAGCCUCUCCCAAACAUUCUCCUCUCCCCACUGUCCCGGGUCCCAGUCCUCCAAAGACUCCCUGCUCCUCCUCCUCCUCCUCCUCGCCGCCGCCCGAGCGGAGGUUUGACUCCGGUUUGGUGCUGAAUGAGGUGGUGGUGAGGACGCCGCCGCUCGGGGGCAGGAAUGGAGUCCCGAAAAGGAACAUGCUCCUGCUGGCUCCUGGCUCCAGUCCCAGUCUCAAUCUCAGCUCCAGUCCUAGUCCUAGUCCUGGUCUUUGCCCCAGUCCUGGUCUCUGUCCCAGUCCAGGUCUGCCACACUGCUCUGGUUCCCUGCUGGGACACACUUCAAGGUCCAGCUCUGGAGUUUCUGGACUUUCCCCUGAAGACUCCUCCACCUCCUCCUCUGCUCCGUCCAUCCUGCAGGAGGGGCUGUUUCCUGGCUCCACCCAGGAAGAAGAAGAAGGCCACCCCACCCCUCCAGAGCUCCCCCCUCCUCGGGAUUCCGGCAUCUACGAUUCGUCGGUCCCUUCGUCGGAGCUGUCCAUUCCCCUGAUGGAGGGACUGUCACAUGACCAGGCCGACUCCUCCUCCGUAGCCGACAGUGAAUCAUCCUCUUCGGGCCUGGGUGACGAGGAGCCGUCGGUCCCCACGUCGCUCCACUGCAGCACGGCCACAGUGUGUAAAGCGGAGCUGCACCACCACCACCACCUGGAGCACAGUGAGGGACUCGCUCCUGUGGCCUCACUGUAGGGGGACGCCUCCCGGCCAAUCACAAGAGGACCCGCUCCCUGUUGGUCUCAGACUUGAACCCUUUCACCUAAGAGCUGUCAUCUGAUCAUCAUGGAAACAAAAUCUGGAAUAAUUUAAAGGCCAUUUGGAGUUCCUCCUGUUCUUUCAUCGUAGGGUCGGGGGACCACAUAUUCUUCAUUGAAUGCCGUCACAUCUAAUGAACCUUUUUAUUUGAGUGUGGUCAAUAUACGUUACAGAGUGGAAUUCAGUUUGCAAUAGAACAUUUUAUCAAUAGGAGUUUUUCCUCUGAUAUGUUUUAACAGCAUUAUUGGUUUUAAUGUUUUAAACACAGAAACUUUGAUCAAUCAAAUCUUCAAAAACCUGCUUACAUGACAAAACACUUUUUAAUCCUCAAAGUCAGAUGCUCCUCAAACUCCUUCGGCAGGUGGAAGCCCCUCCUACAACAUUAUAUACUGAAUACUGUGGUCACAUAUUGUAAAGUAUUGCAUUUAUAGAUCUAUACGUCUUCAAGCUUUCUAAUUGUUUUCUAGCAUUUGCUGCAGGGACCCGACAGAACGAGGGCUUCACAAAACGAAACCACUGUAAAAACAACAUUCCUGCCAGAUCGAGACAGAAAUGAUCGAGUUUUAAAUCAAAACUUUGAGAUAAUACGUCAUCAUUUUGAUUUUAAAAAGGUCAACACAGUUAUUCGAAAGUAUUUUUUGAUUAACCAUGAAGAUUCUUAUUUAAUAAUUCCUAACUCUUCAUGUAAAAUCAUCUGUCCCAUCACAUUUUUCUGUCCUGAUCAGCCGUCUGUUCACUUCUCUCAUCUGGAGUUAAAGUUUCAGAAAGUUUUUCUGUUGCUGCUGAAAAUCAAAGCAUCUGGUUCAUCAGCAGCUCUUGUUUCAUUCUCAUGGAACAUUCAGUAUUUCCUACUUGUAAAUAUUAUUUGUAUUUUUUUAUUAUACAGUAAUUUUUUUUCUUGGAAAUGUGUCUUUUUGUAUAGUUAGACUGUUAUUUUCCUAUUUUUCUACAUUUUCUAUGUACA